CCCACCAUGGGGAUCUAUUUUAUAAACCAGUUUAUGAAUGUUCUUGGUGUGGGCAUGGAAUCAUAAAUGCAGACCACAACACUUUCUCUCUCUCUCUCUCUCUCUCUCUCUCUCUCUAGGAAGCUGUUGAAGACUUGAAGUAGUAGUUAGUUGUUGACAAUUUUGAAAACGAGAAGGCAGUGAACAAACUUUGAGUUCUUCUCUUCAUUUGUUUUCGAUAAGUGUUAAUUGUUAAUUUGUUAGUUUUCUUUAUCAGCAAGAGAGAUUGAACCCACGACCUUUCAUUCCUUCCCUUCUUUCUUAACCCUUCAACCAAUCUUAUAUCUCUUCUUCUCUUCAUAGUCAUAAAAUUCUGUUUUGGUUAUGGGCAUCAUGAAAAGACAUUCACAACACAGCAGCAAUGAUCCAUUUUGUGAAGCUCACAACAGAACAAGACAACAACACCAAUGCAUGAUGAUGAUACAACAACCAAACAAUGAUGUUGUUGUUGUCCCAGAACACACAUGUGCACAACAACACCAAAACCAAUCUCCAAAAUUGGCUUCUUCUUCUUUCACUUCCCAAAAUGCUACACCUGUGCUACCUGCUUUUGUUGCCUUGCUGCUCCUUGUUACUUCAAUUGCCCCAACAGCAUUGUGCCACCCCUUGCAGGGCACUAACCACACUUUUAGGCCAAAUCAUGAGUUGCUCAAGUUGAGGAGAGUCAGAGCUCACUUGAAGAAAAUCAACAAGCCUCCCGUCAAGACAAUUCAGAGUCCAGAUGGUGAUUUGAUAGAUUGUGUUUUAUCUCACCAGCAACCUGCUUUUGACAAUCCUAAGCUUAGAGGCCACAAAAUAUUGGAUCCCCCAGAGAGGCCAAAGGGAAACCACACCAAUGGUGAAGCUGAAAGGGUAAUUGAGAGCUUUCAGCUGUGGAGUGAUUCUGGUGAAGCAUGCCCAGAAGGAACUGUUCCAAUCAGAAGAACUACAGAGGAGGAUAUUCUCAGAGCAAGCUCUAUCCAAAGAUUUGGAAGAAAACCAAGACCUGUACGGAGAGACUCUACUGGCAGUGGUCAUGAGCAUGCAGUUGUUUUUGUAAAUGGGGAUCAAUACUAUGGAGCAAAAGCUAGCAUAAACGUGUGGGCACCCCGUGUAACUGAUGAAUUUGAAUUCAGCUUGUCACAAAUGUGGGUUAUUGCUGGCUCCUUUGGUAAAGAUCUCAACACCAUAGAAGCUGGUUGGCAGGUAAGUCCACAGCUAUAUGGAGACAACUAUCCAAGGUUCUUCACUUAUUGGACUACUGAUGCAUAUCAAACAACUGGGUGCUACAACUUACUCUGUUCAGGCUUUAUUCAAACCAACAAUAGGAUAGCAAUAGGUGCUGCAAUUUCCCCAAGAUCCGCUUUCAACAGAAGACAAUUUGAUAUUGGCCUAAUGAUUUGGAAGGAUCCAAAGCAUGGGCACUGGUGGCUGGAAUUCGGGUCAGGACUACUAGUAGGGUAUUGGCCAGCAAACAUGUUCAGUCACUUGAGGAACCAUGCAAGCAUGGUGCAAUUUGGAGGAGAAAUUGUGAACACUCGUUCAAGGGGUUACCACACUGGCACCCAAAUGGGGAGUGGCAAUUUUGCUGAAGAAGGGUUUAGAAAAGCAGCAUAUUUUAGAAACUUACAAGUGGUUGAUUGGGACAAUAGCUUGCUUCCUCUUAGAAAUAUUCACCAGUUGGCUGAUCAUUCCAAUUGCUAUAACAUAAGGCAGGGAACCAACAGUGUUUGGGGCACUUACUUUUACUAUGGAGGGCCUGGAAGGAAUGUGAGAUGCCCAUGAAGAAAAUAUAGCACCCCAAUAGAGAUUAUAGAGGUUUUUCCCUAUUACAUGAAUGUCCACUUUGUUCCAUUUUUUUGUUGUUGUUGAAUUAUUAAUUUGGUUCUUAUAUUUGUCUGUAUUUAUUGUUUUGGUUCUAUACGUAAAAAUUGUAACUUUUUAGUCUUUAGAUGAGUAAAUUUAAUGUAGGAAAAAAUUUAUUUUUGGUUCC